UUAUUCAAAGAUAAAAAUCUUUUUGUAAAAACCGCUAUUGAGAAAUUUGCCGAGGAGAUUGGAUAUAAUUUCGAGAUUUGUAAUUUUGAAUUGGAGCGGUUUAAAAUUUUGUAUAACAAAGCUAAAGAACUUGAAGUUAAAAUUCGAGGUCAGAGACAGAAUGAAAUUAAAGCUUUAACCAUCGGAGGAAAGGCUUUUACGUUAACGACGGCCUCAAGGGUUCUAGAUUCUCAAGCGCGAAGUAUGCAUGAAUUAAAGGAGCGGCAAGAAAGAUUGGACUUGGAAAACAAACGUUUGGAGGCUCUAAUAAAGCAGGAAACUUCUAACAAACAGCGAUUGCUAGACACUACCCAGCCACUUGUAGAAAAGCUGGAGAAAGAAAAAGCUUCUUGUAAUAUAGAAUUUAUUGAAAAGUUGAAAAACAUGGAAGAUUGGUACAAAAAGGUCAUUAAAGUGAACCAAUCAACUGCCCAGGCAACCAUAAUAGCGAAUCGAGAUCAUGUGGUCGUUAACUGUUACUGUGACAACACUCAUACGGCUGAACGAGUUACUUAUCAAGUUCGCAUAGACAUUAAUAGCAAUACGAGAAAAAUGAAAGACAUAAUGUUAAUUCCGAACCUUGUUGACAUCCAAAUUACCAAAACAUGUGCCAUUAAAAUUGACGAUGUGGCAUUUUUACUUCGAGAAAUUAAGCAUAAAAUCCAAAGAAACUUAAUUGUUGCGGCGGAAGUAGAAGUCUUAAAAGACGUAUAUAAAAUAGAAUGGAACCGUUCAAAUUUAAUAAUAUACCACUUGGAUGAUGGAACUCGCUAUGAACUUCUCAUCGUUGAUUCCUUUCCCGGUCAACUUUACUCGGUAAGCUUGCCCGCACACAGUAUGCAACUUAACUUCGAACAGAAAAACUUUUUAUUGAAUAAGUUUCAGGGAGAAUCUAUUGAAGGUUGUCUUGAUGCUAUAUUAGAACUUCAUAAAUUUAUCAAAAUUAAAAACGAGUGA